AUGCUUCAUUCCCGUCUACGGCCCCUCCCCCGCCGCCACUAUCCCAACACACCCAGCGCCCCAGCGCCAGAAUUCCAAAACCAAGACGUCGUCGAAGACGAGGAAUCAACCGAAGACCUCUUCGGUGCAUUCCUUCCUCACCUCUUCCCAGAUGACGCACCUUCCUUCCACGGCGACCCAGGCCAACACCUCCUCUACAGCUCCCCGCGCUAUGGCGACCUCAACAUCAUGGUCCCCAGCUACCCAAGCUCAAGCGAGAAGCGCUCCGAGGAGAUUGCCGCAGGCCAAGCCAAGCCAGACGGCUCCGUAAACCAGGUCGACGAGGGCCGCAAGCUCUUCGCGCAUUUCCUCUGGAGCGCGGCAAUGGUCGUCGCAGAGGGUGUCGAGGAAGCGGACACACCCACAGCACCGGGCGAAACAGAGACAGAAGCCAGAAAAGAAAACCGGGAGCUGUGGAGUACUAAGGGCGAGAGUGUACUCGAGUUGGGCGCUGGCGCCGCUCUCCCCUCAGUAAUCUGUUCCCUAGCUGGCGCCUCGAAGGUUGUCGCAACGGACCACCCCUCGUCGCCGGCAUUCAGCGGCGCAAUCGCUUUCAAUAUAGAGCACAAUCUAGCCAGGCGCGCGUCUACGGCCGAAAGACAAAUUUCAAUGCAUCCGCAUGAAUGGGGUGUGUUGGAUGACUCUUUCUCGACGGCGAACAAGGGUGUCUUUACGCGCAUUGUCGCGGCGGAUUGUUUCUGGAUGCGCUCGCAGCAUGAGAACCUCGCCCGCACUAUGCAGUGGUUCCUUUCGCCAGGUGGAAAGGUGUGGGUCGUUGCUGGCUUCCAUACCGGGCGCGCGAUUGUUGCUGGGUUCUUUGAGACGGUCCUUAAGAAUGGGUUCGUGAUUCAGACGAUCUAUGAGAGGGAUUUGGUUGCGAGGUUGGACGAUGGGGGCGAGAUUCGCAGGGAAUGGCUUCCGAUUAGGGAAGGGGAGGGUACGGAGAAUCAGAAGAGGUGGUGUGUUAUUGCUGUUUUGAAGAGGAAAGGGGAGUAG